UGUUUGCGCGUGAGAGAAGAGAGCGAGCUGCAGUGGAAACUGGAAUCUAUCGCCACUUCAUUAUUACUCUAAAAUGCUUUAGCGCCGUGUCUUCUCUCGCUGUCAUUCAUCCGCGCUGUCAGUCACAGAUCAAUCAGCCACGCGGGAUCCGCCGAGUUCAGGUCUAAAAGGUAAGAGGCUCACCUGAAGGCCCAAGAUGCCAGAACAGAGCAACGACUACCGCGUGGUGGUGUUUGGAGCAGGAGGCGUGGGGAAGAGCUCGCUGGUGCUGCGCUUCGUGAAAGGCACAUUCCGGGACACCUACAUCCCAACGGUGGAAGACACGUACCGGCAGGUGAUCAGCUGCGACAAGAGCGUCUGCACUCUACAAAUCACAGACACCACCGGCAGCCAUCAGUUUCCCGCCAUGCAGCGGUUGUCCAUCUCCAAAGGCCACGCCUUCAUCCUGGUCUACUCCAUCACCAGCAAGCAGUCCCUCGAAGAAUUAAAGCCCAUAUACCAGCAGAUCCUCGCUAUCAAGGGCAACAUGGAGAACAUCCCCAUCAUGCUCGUGGGCAACAAGAGCGACGAGACUCAACGGGAGGUGAAGACGGAUGAUGGAGAUGCCCAAGCCAAGACCUGGAAGUGUGCUUUCAUGGAGACCUCGGCUAAAACCAACCACAACGUCACCGAGCUGUUCCAGGAGCUGCUCAACCUAGAGAAGAAGAGGAACAUGAGUUUAAACAUCGACGGCAAGCAUUCCGGGAAGCAAAGCAGGGCCGACAAGCUGAAGGGUAAAUGCAGCGUCAUGUAGACGGAAGACGGAGGCGCUGGGAGAUACGGCCGAGAUGGAGAGAUACUAUGACAAAGGAACUGGAGAUAGCAUUUAACUCAUCGUGCUUAUUUCCAGCGACAAGCAGUUGGCUCCGACACCCUUGAUUUCAUCCCGCACCAUCAGUCUUGGCCUUAACAAGCACUGCUCCAUUCAUACGGCCUUGUCUGUUUCUAUUACAGUGCAUCUCAUUCACUGUUUAUAUUCUACAUCAAGAGAGCGCUACAUCUGGUUUCAGACAAACGCAAUAGCCUUUAAGGAAAAAGUUAAUUAUGCUUAUUUUUCUUUGUUUUUCUUUUAUUAAAUCCCUACAAAACCACACGGUUAAAGUAGAGUUUGGCUUUAACAUGGCGGUGAGGUCAAGAGUCAGUUAUGAUUUUGCAUAUGUAGCAACUAAAGUUAAAGUCUAUAUUUAUUCAUGAAAAGAAUUUAAAGUACUCUGUUAAAAUACUUUAUUUUUUAAAUAUUGCUGAUAUACAACAGGUUAUCGGAUAGAUGUCAGUGUGAUUUAUAUAACAAUAUGGUUAGAAAAAGGAUGCUUUAAUGUAAAAACGAAUCAAAAUAAAUCACCCUUUAAUAAUGUUAUGACCCACCUCGCUGUGUUGUUCUAAUAACAUUAACUAUAUUUUGAAAUGUCAACUUAUUUCUGAAAGGGAUAACUCACCCCAAAAUGAAAUUUCUUUCAAAGUUUAUUCACCCUCAUGUCAUUUCAAACCUGUGCGACUGACUUUCUUCUGCACAACACAAAAGAAGAUAUUUUGAAGAACGUUGGUAACCAAAUAACGGCAGUACCCAUUCACUCUUGUAUGAACACAAAGCCAAUGCAACUGACGCCUUUGUUUGGUUACUGACGUUCUUCAAAAUAUCUUCUUUUGUGUUGUGCAGAAAAAAGAAAGUCACACAUGUUUGACAUGACAACAGGGUGUGUAAAAGAUGACAGAAUUUUUGGUGGAACUGUCCCUUUAAAUAACAACAGACAAUAUUUAAGACAAUCAUUGGUUGAACAUCGUCAAUAGGGUGUUCGUUGAUCUGCGUUGCUUUGCAAAAUGUAAAAAUGAAUAUAGAUCAUUGAAAUUUCAUGCGCACGUGCUUAUGUAAAUCAACAAGCACUCAGCCGUCAUCAUCUCCAGCAUUCAGCCUCUCUGUGUUCUGACACUUCCAGCCUCUUUGAAGUGGCCAUUUUCGUUUUCUCCAGAUGAACUGCUCAUUUUUCCACGAGUGUGAUUAAGACGGUAGGAAAUCUGGCACUCGCAGGAAGGAAUUUGCAUGAGGUGUCUGUUGGCAGAGGGUGCCCGCUGGCACAGUGGGCAUUGUUCAAGCCCUGUAUGUCCUGCCCGUGGACUACUGUUUCCCCCACAGUCCAAAGACACACCGGUCUGGUGAAUUAGAGUGAGUGUUAAUAUGUUUGUGUGGAUUAAAAGAGUGUCAUGAUAAAAACUGUUUACUUGCUAGAACAUCACAACUCUUUUCCAAAUUAAAUAUUUUCAUUCGAACAUCUUAAAAAUCACCUCAAAGUAUCAUUCAUGAUCAACCUUGAGACAUUUGCAUUUUUCCAUCAAACUCUUCUAUUUACUUUAACCUCCAGAUGUUGUGUACUAAAUGAACCUAUACCUGCGAGAAAUCAUAACACCAACCCGAUUCCGUUUCAGUAAACUCUGCCUUUGAAAUAAGAAACCAUUGGAAUACAAAAAAGGGCCUUGAACAUAUUAUUUUUAUUUUACCAUCUGACUGCCUUGUACAAAUAUGAAUUGCAUCGCAAAAGCGCCCCUUUAAUACGCUUUCAGCUUGUGCACUAAGUAAAUACAGAUGGCAUUGUGUUAUCCUUGUUGGCCGGCGUACAAAGACACUAUUUGAAAUGAACAGGGUACGAGAUAUGCACUGUAAACCCAAAUGUUUAAAGUAAUUAAAUAGUUUAAGUGCUUCAUUUUACAUAUUCUUUUUUAACUAACUUUCAUAUUUUGUGUUCCUGUAACUAAUUCUAACUGGAGUUAGUUUAACUUAAUUUAAACAAGUUAAUUCAAGACAAUUAGUGAUUUUCAGUUCCCAGCAUGCUUUGCGUGAAAUUAAUUUUGAAAUCAAGAGUUAUUUUAUAGGUUUUUAGACAGGAAAAAGCAUUUUUAAUGAUGAAUGUUCAUUUAUCUUGGAUAUUUAGA